AAUUCGGUUUCUCUUGACACUUACGAGCAGCAGGCUGUCAGUUGCAGUUCUCCACUUUGCUCUGCUCGUACCAUCCAGGCGAGUAGGCUAGCUAUGUGACAGAGUGGCCGCUGCUCUAUCCCGGACCCCCCGCGUCGAAGUCUCCCCCGUCCACUCAGGAUGGAUCAGAGGAGAGCUGACACCAGCAUCAACCCGGUUUCGCUGUACGGGGAAUUUACGGUCACUGGUUGCCGAAAAGCCAGGUGUGCCGUGAGCUUGACCGAGAAGGACCUCAUCGUCCAGAGGAUUCUUUUGGCACCUGUCGGGCGAAACAAGGUGGUGCUCAGUCUGAAGGACUGUGUCGGUUGCAGGGCAUACCGGGAAGAUGACAACGCGGACCCGGCAGCACACUUGGCAGUCUACUUCUACCCGCUCAAACGCCGCUGGAUGAGUUCCGGGCUGUCGCGGCAGAGAGCGGAGCACUGCUUUCGUCUCGCUUCGCUCCAGGACCCGUGCGCUAACCUGGAGGAGGCGGAGAAGUGGGCUCGCGCUGUUCGAGAACGCUCUACACGGCAACAGUACCUAAGAGACGGGGUGUCGCUGAGCUUGUUGUCUCGUCCGAGCCGGAUGAUGCUCCUUGUGAACCCGCAGAGCGGGAAGGGACAGGCGCUCACUCUCUACAACAACCACAUCCAACGAAUGCUCAACGAGGCGGGGGUUACACACACUGUGGUCAUCACCGAGAGGCAGAACCACGCCCGAGAGCUGGUGAAGGAGACCGACCUGUCGCAGUGGGACGCUUUAGUCAUCAUGUCCGGAGAUGGACUUCUGUUUGAGGUGAUAAAUGGUCUGCUGGAGAGACCAGACUGGGAGGAGGCCAUCCGAACCCCGCUGGGUAUUCUUCCUAGUGGAUCAGGCAAUGCCUUGGCUGCAUCUAUACAUCACUACUCUGGAGUCCCGCCGGUGUUCAGUGAGGAGCUCCUUGUCAGCUGUGGUUUCCUGCUCUGUCAAAGACUUGUGGCCCGAAUGGACCUGGUCUCCAUCCAUGUGGCCUCCAGCCCUCGUCUCUUCUCCUUCCUCUCGCUGGCCUGGGGCUUUGUGGCCGACGUCGACAUAGAGAGCGAGAAGUACCGUCAUGUCGGUGCUGCCCGGUUCACUAUUGGCACGCUGGUGAGGCUGGCUUCUCUCCACGUCUACAAGGGAAAGCUGGCUUACCUGCCCGCCACAGAGGACUACAGCAUCGAGGAGGGUUUGGAAAAUAACAAGACACUGCAUUGUAACAAUCAGGUUUCCUCCUUGGCUUCGGCCUCUCGACCAUCCAGAGACUCUCCCUGCCAGAACACUUUUCACAACUCCUGCCACUCCAACAACUCCCUCAAAGCGCAGAGAACGGAGAGCACGCCUUCUCGAAGCGCCACCAAAGCCCUCGCAGGCCCGUCUGACUCCCUUCUGCUGCCUCUUGACCAGCCGCUGCCCAGCGACUGGGUGGUGGUGCAGGAGGAAGACUUUGUCCUCAUGCUGGCCAUGUACCAGUCCCACCUGGCGGAGGACCUGCUGGCAGCCCCAGGCGCCACCUUGGAUGACGGCUUCAUCCAUCUCAUCUAUGUCAGAGCGGGUAUAUCACGCGCCGCGCUGCUGAAGCUGUUCCUAGCUAUGGAGAAGGGUGCACAUCUGGCUACUAACUGUCAGCAUUUAGUGCACACUAAGGUGCGGGCGCUCAGGCUGGAGCCACAUUCACCCAAAGGGAUAAUAACAGUAGAUGGAGAAGUGGUGGAAUAUGGGCCGGUGCAAGCAGAGGUACACAGAGGCCUGGCGAGAUUAAUCACUGGAUGAACAAUCAUCACCACCAGCUUUCAUCUCUAUUAAAAGCCCAAUAAACACAUUUUAGCAUUUCAA